GGCAGCAGUGUGCGCCCUGGACGGACGCGAUCGAGAGGCCCGCACCAUGGCGGCCGCCUCCGCCCGAGCCCAGCGCGCCCGGCGCAGCGCCGGCCGUGGUCGGGACGGUCCACGUGAGCAUCCAGAGCGCGGCGGCGCACGACGGCGCGCUGGCGGCGGGAGGGCGCGACGUGUGCUGGGACUACGCCGCGGGCAUGCAGAGGGACCCUCCGGACUGCAACGCGUGCCCGCGCGGCGAGAGGUGCAAGUUCGUGCACGUGGCGCCACCGGCGCCGAGGAGUUCAGCGGGCCCCGGCGGCGGCAAGGGCGCCUCUGGUGUCCGUGGGCAGGGCAAGUCGGGGCGCCCCGCGGUGGAGGGACAGGCGGCGAAAGGCGGCAAGGGUGGCAGAGCCAGUGCGGCCCUGCAGGAACCCUCCGAGAGGAAGAAGGCGGUCUCCGAUGAUCCGUGGGCGGACAUGGCGCAGUCCAACACCAAGGUGCCGCCCGCAGCCCGACAACAGCAGGCUGCGCUAUCGAUGGCGGUGGCCUCAGCGGCCGCGGACGGCCAAGCUACUCCAGCCCUGUCGGGCCCAGAUCUCCGCGCUGAGAGCCAGGCGGGGUACGCGCUGGACCCCCCAGCGCAGCAGCCGUCCGUGGGCGCGGAGGCGAGCGCGAUCGAACUGUUCCAGCCCCACCCGCCGGCGGAGGACGCCCUGUCGCGCCCACCGCCGCCCCCGCCGCCGCGCCAGCCGUCCCAGGAGGAGGACCCCUGGGCCGUCAUGGACACCGGACCGUACAGGCGCGCGGGCGCGCCCGCCAGGCACGCGCCGCCCCCGCCCCCCCCGCCGCCCAGCGUGAGGGAGCCGCUCACCGGCCCGCCCGGAGCCGCGCGCGCGGCGCCCCCGCCGCCUCCGCCGGGCGCCCUGCAGGGGCCCCCCGGCGGCCCCAUGUCGGAGGCCAUCAUCAGCCGGCUCGUGGAGUACAUGCACACGGCGGCGGACCCCGAGAGGGCCUUGGCGCAGCUGCGGGCCCCGGGCAGUGGCGUUUCGCCGGAUGCGCUACAGCUGGUGAUGCAGAGGUACCGGGCCGAGGAGGCGAGGCGGGGCCAGUGAGGCCCCCCUGACCCAGAGAAGAAGCAACGGCACAAGCAUUUCAAGCUUCACCACCCUCUAAACUACCCCAGCAGUCAAAGCUUCUGGCGGUCCGCGCUGAUCUUCCUGGAUCGGCGCUGGGCCCCCCUCCCUGGCGCGCGCAGCGCGCCAGGGGCGGCGACGGAGGCGCCGCCAGCGGCUCCAGCGCCGAUCCAAGAGAUCCGCGCGCAGAGCCCCGAACGUCUUCGUGUUGUUGCAGGUUUGUUUCUGCUGCCGGCGUAGGCAAAGCGGGGGAUUACCAUAGCACAUGUCGGAUGCGCUGGGGGCGUCUGCCAGGGAAUGCGUAUGCCCAGGAGGCUUCAGGCCCUGGAGGGUUUUUCCUAUCUGGUAGGAGUGGCGGCGGCAUCCAUGGUCAAGCCUCGUUUGGUGCUUCACGGGCUUGCAGACCCUAGGUUCCUUACCCAAGGGUUCCUCAUCCAAUGCCCCACCGUGUGCCUCCUCGUGUCGGAGUGGAGGCCGAAGUCUCCCUUUUAGGGAGGUUUUGGCGCCUUCUGGAGCCUCCCGUUCGGCCAGGGCUGCUGGGGCUCCAGACGUGGACCAUUCGGCGAUGGCGCUGACGAGACCACAGGCCGGCCCAUGCUCGCUCGAACAUUGUGCGGCCAGCGCCCGUCGGCAAACACACAGCUUAUAUAUUAGCUGCUCCUGGCGCCAGUUUGUCUUCUUGCCUAGCGGCCAUUUGGAGGCUCGCCUGUCGCAGCUUGACCUGUUCAUCGUGUUUUAUUAACUAUAGUAAAUAUAGAAAUCAGUUGCACGAUGUACACUUGUGUCUGGGGGUGUGAUGAUAUCGUGCGCCGUGGGGAAA